CCUGCAUAUACCCACCUCUGAGCAACUCUGCAACAGUGUCAAGGAAAGUUUUUCUUAAUAGGGAGAACCAGACUCAGUGGUAGACAGCCAUCUGCCUGGAUUUGAUGUGCUGCAAAAUGGGAUUGAGACAAACAGACAAUUACACAUUCUUCCUCUGAAACAUCCAACACAGUCACACAGCUGGGCGGCGUCUCAUUGAUAACAUUUUGUACUUUGACCUGUGCUGCUGCUGCUUGUUUCAUGUUUUUGACCUGCUAGCGGGGAAUGAUCCUAACUCUCCUGCAGCUGCCAGCACACUGACUUGUGUCCGCAUCUGGAUUAACUUUGGGAACAGACAUGUCAACAUCUGUGCAGGUAGAGCCAGUCAUGGAGAAAAGCUAUGAAGGAGUCGGGCGCUGCAAGUGCUCGUUCUGGUUUGCAGUGGCCCACGACAUACUGGGCAUCCUUAUCAUGAUGGUGGGGGUGUUUGGAGGACUAGUGAUCCAUGACUUGUUCAUCUAUGCGGGGGCGAUCAUCAUCUUCCUCAGCCUGAUCUGGUGGGUGUUCUGGUACUCUGGGAACAUCGACGUGCCGCCGGAGGAGCUGGAGGAUGACGUGGGGAUGAUCAAGUUAAGGAACAAGGGUCUCACUCAGACAGUGAGGCGCAUGUCUGGGCGCCUCUCCAGCAGGAUCAGGAACUCUUUCCGGAGAAAUGACAGAUCCUUCAGGGAGGACAGUAACAGACCAGGUGCAGAGGUGUCCCUCUCCACUAUAUAUGACAACACUUUCGCCUCUGCAACUAAAGACAUCUACAAAGAGACACUGUCAAUAUGAGCUCACACAACACAGGCUGCUUCUUACACCAACAGACACUGAACUUUGAUCAUUAUAUUUCUUUCCUUUCUUGUAAAUGUAUUAAGCUGAUGUGGAUUCUGUGGGAGCUUUGCUAACAUGCUCUAACAAUGAUUAAACAACACUGAGGCCUUUUUGAGAUAAGAUCAAACAGAUCUUAUCUUCAUGAUAACAUGUCAACUUUGCUCACAACUAACUCAGUGUUGCACGUGUUUAAACCACAGCGUCAACAUCACUCAGGACUUUAUCAGUUAUGUUUGGUUGAAUCACAGAAAAUGCUGAGUAUGACUUUAUGAAGAACUAAAGGUAAAUAAGAUUUAGUUUGGCAGUUGACUGAAGGGAAAAGUGUAUUUAUUAUGUUUUUGUAUUUUUUAUUUAAACUCAGUCUUAACCAUCCAACUAAUAUGCACCUGAACACACCAUAAAAUGUUAUGAGGUUUGUAGUAGAUUUCAGUACACACACUUCAUUGCAAUGUUUAAGAAGAAAUUAGAUCUGAUUAACACAAACACGUCUGCAGGUUUUGUAAUCUUAAACGUUCUGGUUUUGAAUUAAA